AGAAAUAAACCUGCGAGCGACCUCAUACUCAACACAAACUCCAAAAAUUAGAUGCUUUCCUCGUUUUGUGGCGACGGCCAUCCGUUCUCAACGGGUCUACCGAACGUCUCAAUAUGUGCUCAACACACGGUGCUCGUCUGGGUUCCAGCCGCAUUCUUCCUGCUCACUUUACCAUUUCUAAGUGCUCAGUGUCAUUUGACGGCUCAACGAUUCGCGAGGCUUCCGUUCAGUGCUCAUUUCAUUAUUAAGCUUCUUCUUGUCGCUUUUCUCGCUGCCAACUCACUUGCCACGUGGUGUUAUGUGUUAUUCUCGAAGAAUUCAUACGCUGCUGCGUAUUAUGUUUAUCCAGGACUAUGGGUUCUUGUUUGGACGGGUACCUUCCUAGUUCAUCUCAUUCGUCUUCGUUGUGGUCUCGUAUCAUCUGGAAUUCAACACGUCACUUCAUUAAUCUUUUUGCUCUGCGGUGCUCCAGAAUUCUAUCAAUGGAUUCGAAUGGAAAAUUCGAAUUCCUUCCCGAAUGAUCUCACCACCACCGACUCCGCCCAAUUUUUAUCGAUUGCCUAUUUAAGUUGGUAUUCGGCACUGAUUCUCUACACUUUUUCACUGUGUUUUGCUGAUCCGCGAGGAGCUAAAACUGAUGAUGAAAAAGCGUCGUCGAAAAGUGCAGCAUCACCGGAGCUGCAGAGCUCAUUCUUGAAUCGGCUCACACUGUGGUGGUUCAAUAGUAUCCCGUGGACAGGAGCCAGGAGGGAUUUGGAGAUCGACGACAUUUUCGAGCUUAACGAACGAAGUGGAACAGAAUUUCUCAGCGAACUUUGGGAAUCGUUUUGGGAGCCCAAGAGACUUAAAUACAUCCACGAUACGAGUAUUUGGGCGAAAAAGGAUCCAUCUGAACAGGAAAAGGAUCCAGUAGUCAUUCCAUCAGUUGUUUCAUCGCUUUUUAUGAUGUUCCGAUGGGAAUUUCUGUUGGCUUCAACGUUGAAAUUCGUCUCCGACACUAUGCAAUUUGCCAGUCCAUUUUUACUACACGAGCUUCUCAACUUCAUCUCGGCGAAAAAUGCUCCAUUUUGGAAGGGAAUGGCUCUGAGUAUUCUAAUGUUCUCUGUGUCGGAGCUCCGUUCACUUAUUCUCAAUGGAUAUUUCUAUAUUAUGUUCAGAAUGGGAACUAAAAUUCAGACGUCGUUGACAGCUGCUGUAUACAAAAAGACCCUACUGAUCUCCAACUCGGCGCGCCGUGACCGUACCGUCGGAGAAAUCGUAAAUCUGAUGGCAAUCGACGUCGAACGCUUCCAAAUGAUCACGCCACAAAUUCAACAAUUCUGGAGUUGUCCCUAUCAGAUAACAUUCGCUCUCGUCUAUCUUUUCAUCACUUUAGGCUAUUCUGCACUACCCGGCGUGGUGAUAAUGGUGAUCUUUGUCCCGAUGAACAUCAUCUCGUCGAUGAUUGUCAGAAAAUGGCAGAUUGAACAGAUGAAGCUGAAAGAUGAACGUACAAAGAUGGUUAACGAGGUGUUAAAUGGGAUUAAAGUGGUGAAGCUGUAUGCGUGGGAGGUUCCCAUGGAAGCCUACAUCGACGAAAUCCGAACGAAGGAGCUGGCGUUGAUCAAGAAGUCGGCGAUGGUUCGGAACAUCCUUGACAGCUUCAAUACGGCUUCUCCAUUCCUCGUAGCUCUCUUCUCGUUUGGAACUUUUGUCCUCUCCAACCCAUCUCAUCUUCUUACUCCACAAAUCGCUUUUGUCUCGUUGGCAUUGUUCAAUCAGUUGAGAUCACCGAUGACUAUGAUCGCCCUGCUCAUCAAUCAGGCGGUUCAGGCGGUCGUGUCUAAUAAGCGCCUGAAGGAAUUUCUGGUGGCCGAGGAGUUGGACGAGAAGUGUGUUGAUCGGAGUGUGAAUAUUGAACGGAGUCAUAAUGCGGUUCGGGUUGAGAAUUUGACGGCGUCAUGGGAUCCGGAGGAGGCGGCGGGCGAGAAGACGUUGCAGGACGUGGACCUCACGGCACCCCGUAAUUCCCUAAUCGCUGUCGUCGGAAAGGUCGGAAGUGGAAAAUCGAGUCUUUUACAAGCUCUUCUCGGAGAAAUGGGCAAACUUCGUGGCCGAAUUGGAGUGAAUGGCCGUGUGGCCUAUGUUCCACAACAGCCAUGGAUUCAGAAUAUGACACUACGAGAUAAUAUUACAUUCGGAAGACCUUUUGAUCGAAAACGUUACGAUCAAGUUUUGUACGCGUGCGCCUUGAAAGCAGAUAUUAAGAUUUUGCCGGCCGGCGAUCAGACAGAGAUUGGAGAAAAGGGUAUUAAUCUGUCGGGAGGCCAGAAGGCCCGAGUUUCGUUGGCCCGGGCGGUCUAUCAGAAUUUGGAUGUAUAUCUGCUGGAUGACCCCCUAUCCGCGGUGGAUGCCCAUGUUGGACGGCAUAUUUUUGAGAAGGUAAUCGGCCCAAAUGGACUACUAAGAGAAAAGACACGAAUCCUUGUAACCCACGGAUUAACCUACACUAAAAUGGCCGAUGAGAUUCUUGUAAUGUUGGAGGGAAAAAUCGAAGAAUCUGGAACAUUCGAGCAUCUUAUAAAGCGACGUGGACUAUUUUUCGACUUUAUGGAGGAAUACAAAUCCGGAUCCGAUAAUUCGAGUGAAGCAGGAGGAUCACAGGACGACGAUUUUGAGGCGAUUGGAGGCGAAAUUCAGGAUUAUAUGAACCCGGAAGAUGUCGUACUUACGGUUACCAAUGAUUUAGAUGAGACAAUUCGAACACCGGAACUGACAACUCAAAUCUCUACAAUGUCAUCACCAGAAAAGCCACCAACGGGAACUUCGCCGGCGGCGGCCACUGAAUCGCAGAAUAAAUUAAUCAAAAAAGAAGGAAUCGCUCAAGGAAAAGUAGAAAUCGCGACGUAUCAGCUUUACGUGAAGGCUGCCGGAUAUCUCCUUUCAAUCGCAUUCAUCGGAUUCUUCAUCGUCUACAUGACUCUUCAGAUUCUGCGAAGCUUCUGGCUAUCCGCAUGGUCUGACGAGUACGAUCCUGACUCACCGAGUGCUCAUCCGAUGGCUAAAGGCUGGAGACUCGGUGUCUACGGAGCGCUGGGCUUCUCUGAGACUGCGUGCUUCUUUGUGGCCCUGUUAGCAUUGGUGUUUGUAGGCCAACGGGCCUCUAAGAAUCUCCACGGCCCACUGAUCCAUAAUCUGAUGAGAUCUCCAAUGUCUUUUUAUGAUACAACUCCGCUUGGAAGAAUUCUUAAUCGAUGUGCAAAAGAUAUUGAGACUAUCGAUAUGAUGCUUCCAAUGAAUUUCCGAUAUUUAGUGAUGUGUGUACUUCAAGUCGCAUUUACACUGAUCGUUAUCAUUAUUUCGACGCCUCUCUUUGCUGUAGUGAUUCUCCCGCUCGCUUUGAUCUACCUGAUAUUCCUAAGGUACUAUGUUCCAACAUCGAGACAACUUAAACGUCUGGAAAGUGUUCAUAGAUCUCCGAUCUAUUCACACUUUGGUGAAACUAUCCAGGGAGCCGCGUCGAUUCGAGCAUUCGGCAAGGUUGACGAGUUUCGACAGGAUUCUGGUCGAAUUUUGGACACUUUUAUCCGGUGUAGAUAUUCGAGUUUGGUGUCGAAUCGAUGGUUGGCUGUUAGGCUGGAAUUUGUUGGAAAUUGCAUUAUCUUCUUCGCCGCCCUCUUCGCAGUUUUAUCAAAGGAAUUCGGAUGGAUUACGAGUCCCGGUGUUAUUGGUGUCUCCGUAUCGUAUGCACUUAAUAUCACAGAAGUGUUGAAUUUCGCGGUUCGUCAAGUUUCGGAAAUCGAAGCGAAUAUUGUGUCAGUUGAACGUGUAAAUGAGUACACUAACACUCCAAAUGAGGCUCCAUGGAGAAUUGAAGGCCGUGAGCCUGCUCCAGGAUGGCCGAGCCGUGGAGUUGUGAAAUUUGAUGGAUAUUCGACAAGAUAUCGUGAAGGCUUGGAUCUCGUACUUCAUGAUAUUUCAGCUGAUGUGGCUGCUGGAGAAAAGAUUGGAAUUGUUGGAAGAACUGGAGCGGGUAAAUCCUCGUUCGCAUUGGCCCUUUUCCGAAUGAUUGAAGCUGCCGGCGGUCGAAUUGUGAUCGAUGACGUUGAAGUUUCUCAAAUCGGGCUUCACGAUCUUCGUUCUAACAUUACAAUUAUUCCACAGGAUCCUGUAUUAUUCUCAGGAACUCUUCGUUUCAAUUUAGAUCCAUUCUUCACUUAUUCCGAUGAUCAAAUCUGGAGAGCUCUGGAACUUGCUCAUUUGAAACAUUUCGCUGCCGGUCUUCCAGACGGUCUUCUCUAUAAAAUCAGUGAAGCCGGCGAGAAUCUGAGUGUUGGACAGCGGCAAUUGGUCGCGCUGGCUCGGGCUCUACUCCGGCAUACUCGGGUUUUAGUGUUGGAUGAAGCGACGGCGGCUGUCGAUGUGGCUACGGAUGCUCUGAUUCAGGAGACUAUCCGAGAGGAGUUCAAAGAGUGUACAGUAUUCACGAUUGCGCAUCGAUUGAAUACUAUCAUGGAUUAUGAUAGAAUAAUGGUGCUCGAUAAGGGUUCAAUUCUGGAAUUCGACACACCGGACGCCCUAAUGGCCGACAAGAACAGCGCCUUCGCAAAAAUGGUCGCCGACGCUGCGGAACAGGACAAACACGAGUGAAAUUGACACAAAUUGACACCCAAAAAUUAAUAUUUUCAAAGCUUUAAUUCAUAUUUAUCCCCCAAUUUUUACCCCCGAAAAUUCCCGAAAAAUGCUCAAUUUUUUGGAAAUUUCACGAAAAGUUUCACUUCUCACACAAAAUGAAACCGGUGCUCUCCCUUUUUUUCUCUUUCAACUCAUAUUUUAUUACCUAUUACCCAUUUUUUGUUGAAAUUGUGUGAUUUUUAGCCGUUUUCUGUUAAGUAGAAGAACAAUAAAUUGAUUUUUUCGCGAAAAACAUA